CCCUCUUCUCCUUUAUCACACAACAAUUCUUCAGUUCACAAACUUUAGAUCUUCUUUCUCUCUACUACAAAACCUAGUUUUCGAUUCCAAAGUACAGUUUCAAUGGCACCAAAAGCAGAGAAAAAGCCAGCGGAGAAGAAGCCAGUUGCAACAGAGGAGAAAAAGGCCGAAAAAGCUCCAGCUGAAAAGAAGCCAAAGGCAGGAAAGAAGCUUCCAAAGGAAGCAGGCGCAUCUGGUGCUGACAAGAAGAAGAAGAGAUCAAAGAAGAGUGUAGAAACUUACAAGAUCUACAUUUUCAAGGUGCUGAAACAAGUUCAUCCUGAUAUUGGAAUUUCAAGUAAGGCUAUGGGAAUAAUGAACAGUUUCAUAAAUGAUAUAUUUGAGAAACUUGCUCAGGAAUCUUCUAGAUUGGCUAGGUAUAAUAAGAAGCCUACUAUUACUUCUAGGGAAAUUCAGACUGCUGUUAGGCUUGUUUUGCCUGGUGAGUUGGCUAAACAUGCUGUUUCUGAAGGUACUAAGGCUGUUACCAAGUUUACUAGUUCUUAGAUUUGGGAUUUUGGGGGGUUUUUAUGGAAUGUAAAGGUUGGGUACUUGGGGCUGAAAAAUGUUAGGUUUCUAAGUUUUUGCUUGUUCAAUGAUGUAUUGAAUAUGAAUAUGAAUGAACUGUUUUUGAUUAU